UUUCAUCAUCCCACAAGGCUAAUAGAUAAUCUUCGGGCUGCCAUGCCCAGCAGUAAUGUUGCACCUGCAAUGCGACAGCCACCUUUUCGCUCGACGUGGCUCGACAUCAACCUUCAAGUCCUCCUCCGCAUCGUAGCUGUCGCGCACGUUGUGGUCGCCCCGUACACAAAGGUCGAGGAGAGCUUCAAUGUUCAGGCAGUGCAUGAUUGGUUAUUCUUGGGUCUGGGCCGCAUCAAUGAGUGGGACCACAUCCUCUUCCCGGGAGCGGUCCCUCGCAGCUUCAUUCCCUCUCUUCUUCUCAGCCUCCUCUCUUAUCCUUUCCUCCUGCUAGGCAGAUUCGCAGGCUUCAUCACGACGAGCGCAGACGCCCAACUCCUGGUACGCUGCAUCCUUGCUCUAUGCUGGGCGGAAGCUGCCCUCUUCUUUGCUCGCCGUGUGGCAGGAGCGUUGGACCUUCGAGCCUUCACGCAAGGCGACUCAGCCAGGGAGAGGAAGCUACGCAGCUGGCUCCACAGACUGACCUUGGUCUUCCAUCUGGUGCAGUUCCGCAUCCCAUUCUAUGCCGGUCGCCCAUUGCCGAAUAGCUUCGCCAUGCCUUUGGUCCUCGUUGCUCUCGGCUUGGCCCUCCCUCGAGGUCUUCCUCACGAAAAACAGCAACUAGCUGGCGUAGCCCUUCUCAUCUUCACGUCCCUCGUCAUCCGGCUAGAGUGCCUGGCCCUCGUAGGCGCGCUAGGGCUGUACCACUUGCAUUCCCGCCUAUUCUCCUACCGCAGCGAAUGGGACCCCCACCCGGUCGAAAGCAUCGCCAAACUCGCUGGCAUAUCCCAAGCAGCCGCCACCCUCUCCGCGGGAUGGACGGCUCUCAUGGAUCGAUGGAUGUGGCGCGUAGGCAUGGACACGAAUUGGACGUGGCCCGAGUUGGAGGCCGGGCUCUUCAAUGUUGUGCAGGGCAAGAGUGUCGAAUGGGGCAUCGAGCCAUGGUCCUUCUACUUCACGUCGGCGCUGCCGGGACUGUUGUUAGGUCUGACACCGCUGGCUGUGGGUGGCGCAGGGGCGGCUGUGUGGGCAGCGACGAGAGGGCCGUCGUCUGAAUCAGCCUCAGGUCCUCCUGCGACGUCAAACACCCUCCAGCAAGGCAGAUCCGCUCCCUCCCCCGCCGCGGCGAGGAGCAAACGUAUCAAUGAGGUUCUGGCUCAACGGGAAGCAGGCCGAAUUCCACCUUUGGCCCUCCUAUGGGUCUCUGCAGUACAAGUCGGUCUACUUUCGCUGCUCAAACAUAAGGAGUGGAGAUUCAUCGUCUACGUGGGCCCGUGCUUGAAUGUCCUCGCGGCAUUGGCGGCAGCUUUAUUGCUCUUCCCAGCAACAAAACUAGGCUCCUCUUCCUCGUCAAGCCCUGUCCUCCUACUGCGUCGUCUUUUGCCCCUGACUCUUACCCUCCUCACCCUAGCACUCACCCUCCUCGGGCUAGGUACAAGCUCAUCCAAUUACCCAGGGGGGGAAGCUCUACGCUGGCUGCACGAGACCCAUCCGGCAACGAGCGGCGCAAGAGUACACAUCGACGUACCCCCGGCCAUGACUGGCGUCAGCCUCUUCCAGUCAUUGCACCACUCCUCGCAUCAUAACAGCCGGGGCGCAUUUGGGCUGUCCUUCUUGCCGGGUGUUUUGCCUCCUUCAACUGCAGAGGAACGAGCCGUGUGGACGUACGAUAAGCAGGAGAAUCUGGACCGAUCACUGCUCGAGAUCUGGGGUGAAUUCGACUGGGUGAUCAGCGAGGUUCCCUGUGAUCAGGUAGUGGAGGGCAGAAAAGGGAAGGAGGGCUUUGUAGAGGAGGCAAGCUUUUCAGAGCAUGCCGGCUUGAGCAUUGUCAGGCGGCCGACGAUCGCUGCGAUCAGGGCGAUACAAGGCAAGGGCGCAACAUGGAGGCGAAACCUCGUCAACUACAUAGGUGAGGUCCUCCUGCCUCGCCUGCCCAAGGUGGCAGGGUACAGGCUCGCCCUCGUCAGUACAGCGCCGCUUGAGCAAGGAGCGGAGGGAUUGCCUGUACGAACAGAGAGCCUGGCGCUCAUUCGCAGUGCGAAAGGGAGAAAAGCAGGAGACGAAGUGCAAGUAGUUGCAGCACUCGGUGUCAAGAGAAGGGAGCGGGUUUGGGUCUGUCGUCGCGUCGCGUAGUCUACAUCAGCAUUACCAGCUUCGAGCAAUAGAAGUCCCUCUGCGCGCCCCUCUACCUGCGCAACGGCACUCCCAACAAAUCUACCCUCGUCCUACUCCACACGUCAUGUCCUCUCGGUUCGUCCUCCGCGUUGACUUGUUGCUCUAGCUCAGCGCGCGAUAAUGGCAGGAUGGUAAGCUUGGCUGCUUUCCCCUCCUCUUGCGAUUGUCCCUCGUCCCCUCCACCUGCAGCCGGUCCAGGGUUGAUCACGAUGGUCCCGUCGACAAUCUUUGCGAAUGGGGCUAGGGAGCAAGAAGGCAGUAAGAGGACGUCAGGCGUGACUGACUGCCAGAGGGCGAGGUGUUGGUGUGGCAGGGAGAGG